UGAGCUCUAUGCAGCGCAGUAACUUGGUCAAAGGAUCUCGAAAAGAAAAGAAAGAAUUUUCCACCUCUUAAAACACAAUUAAGAAGAAAAAGAAGGUCUUAAUGUGCAAAAAUAUUCAUUGUAAAUCAUCAAUAAAAACAAGUUCCCGCUUCUUGCUCGUCAAAGUCUCCGUUCGGACUACUAAUUAACGACGACGGUUUCUAUUCAAAGUCCUUAAAUUUUCUUACAUUUCUCAUUUAUUACCCCCUAAUUUUCACCCCCUUUAAAUUUGUCCAUCUUUCUUUGUAUUCCCAAUUUUAUCGCUUCUCAGAUCUUUAUUGGUACCUGCCAAAUUUAGGAAUUUAUUCUGGGCGUUAAGCAUUUCCAUGAUAGUAGACUCGCGUCAUGGAAAAAGAAGAUGCUAUUACAGAGGCUGCAGUCAAUGAUACUGCUACUGAAAAGGAAGCAAACAAACCCAUCCUUAGCAAUGAAUCUGUAAAAAAUAAAGUUACUGAACCGCAGGAGGAAAAUACGGUGAAUGAUCGAAUAGAUGAACAGGAAAAGAAAAUAUCUGCAGAUAAUUCUAUUUUACAUUCCAGUAAUGCUGUGAAGAGUCAGGUUGAUACAAAUAAUGAACUGGAAAAGGAGAAUUCUUUAGGUGAAAACACGUCAAGCUCUUCACUUGCUAAUAAAAAUGAGAUUGAUAAAUCCGACUUAGAUCAAGUUAUCUCCCCAGGGGAAGUAAAAUCGUUGAACAGUGAAAAGAAGGUUGAUUGUGUGAAAGUGGACUUAAAAAGUCUCCGCGAAACUAAGAAGAGUCUUGAAGAAGUUGUUUAUGAGGAGGAAGCAGAACCCGUAUUUGAUGGAACAGAAGAACCUUUGAUGGUUGUUAAUAGGAGUUUGUCAGCCCGUCCUGUACAUCGUGACUCAGAGGCACAGGGAUCUGUUUGGCCUGAUAAGGCAGUGGCUCUUACAAACUUUGUUAGAUCGAAGAGUACAGUUGCAGUGAGUACUGUUCUACGUCGCCUUUCUGGUAAAAGUGAUGAUGGGCAAGAUGUUACUGCUGAAGAAGAUAAGAAGAAUGCUGUUGCAUCACAAGAACGUGAAACGCAAGCUGUGUCUCAGAAAACUGCAGAAUGGCCUGGGUGGAAUCCCCUCAGCUUAAUUGGGAUUUUACGUGAUGAUACCGGAAAUAGAACCGAGGAGAAGGAGGUCUCAGCAGAAGCAGUUUUACCAAUAGCCAUGAAGGGAAGGAUUAUAUUGUAUACAAGGUUGGGAUGCCAGGAAAGUAGAAAGGUAAGGCGUUUUCUACACUGGAAAAGACUCGGAUAUGUUGAAGUGAACAUUGAUGUGUAUCCUAGUAGAAAGAUGGAACUGGAGAAAAUUGCUGGUGAUUCUGAUGUUCCUCGAGUAUUCUUUAAUGAAGUUCUAAUUGGUGGAUGGAGUGAUCUAAAGAGCUUGGAUGAGUCUGGAAAGCUCUCGGAGAAGAUUGAAUAUGUAGUUGAUGAAGCUCCAUCAUUUGAAGCUCCUCUACCACCUCUUUCUGGUGAAGAUGAUUUGUCUAGUAGUGGGUCUAUCGAUGAGCUAGCUGUUAUUGUUAAAAAAAUGAAACAGUCUAUUGUUUUAAAAGACCGGUUUUAUAAGCUGCGCAGAUUCACCAACUGUUUCCUGGGAUCAGAAGCUGUGGAUUUCCUGUCAGAAGAUCAGUACUUGGAAAGAGAAGAGGCUGUUGAAUUUGGUAGGAAGCUCGCAAGCAAUCUUUUCCUCCAACAUGUACUUGAUGAAAAUGUGUUUGAAGACGGCAACCAUUUGUAUCGUUUCCUUGAUGAUGAUCCUGUUGUAUCUCAGUGUCAGAACAUACCGAGGGGUUUAACAGAAGUGAAGCCCAAACCCAUUAUAGAAAUUUCAUCUAGAUUGAGAUUUUUGUCUCAUGCAAUCUUUGAAGCUUAUGCAUCAGAAGAUGGAAGGCAUGUUGAUUAUAGAAGUAUCCAUGGCAGCGAGGAAUUUGCAAGGUACUUGAGAAUAACUGAGGAGCUUCAAAGAGUGAACUUGAAAGACAUGCCCAGGGAGGAGAAGCUUUCCUUUUUUGUUAAUCUCUACAACAUGAUGGCCAUUCACGCAAUAUUGGUUUGGGGACAUCCAUCUGGACCAAUGGAGAGGAGAAAAUUGUUUGGAGAGUUCAAAUAUGUAAUUGGUGGGUGCACAUAUUCACUAUCAGCUAUCCAGAAUGGAAUCUUAAGGAGCAAUCAGAGACCACCAUACAAUCUAAUCAAGCCGUUUGGAGUUAAAGACAAGCGUCUUAAGGAGUUUGUAUUUUACAUCAGUCUGUUGGUCUGCUCUCGAAGCGACAACAUAUUAACUUUAGAUUUUGCACCAGCACCACUAAAUAGUUGCGCACCUGAAGAGCUAGCUCUGAUUAAGUCUCCAUUUGUUUCUUUAACCUGGUUGGUAUAUUGUGUAUCCUAGAAUGGGCAAGCGGGAUCCAAAUGAACCAAAAUAGGCAAGCAAGAUCCAAAUGAAAAUUCGGCAAACUAGAACUUCUAUGUUUACUGCAGUAACUUCAACAGGACUAUCCCCAUCUAAGUACAAGCUAAAUUGUAGCUAGCACAAAUGGCAAGGUCCACAACUGGAGGAACAACAAAAAUAUGUGAUCUUGAAGAUAGGCAAAGCUAUCAUAACUUGUGGUUUUCUUUGGUUAAGUUUCUAGUAGAUGAGGUACUUUUCGUGACCAGCAUUUUGUUCUUGUUGAAACACUGGAGUAAUAAAUUUUCAACUUUUCUGGGACGGAGAAAGAAUAGAACUUUUUCUGCUGCCACUUCUAGCCAUUCCCUUUUUUGAGUAAUAUAGUGUAACUAAUGCCGGUCGUCAAUCUUCAUAUUGAGAGAGCUGUCUGCACAUAUUGUUGCUUAAGAGUAAUCUUGCAUCAGUACCAGUUGUUGUUUCUGUUCUUGUGGGUUUUCCAUGAAGCAUCCGUAGCAGUGGACUGGUUAUAAAUUUGACUUGAUAUAUAAUAGUACAAGUUUUUGAUUCCAUGACUUCUGGUGCAAAAUGUUGACUGCACAAUCUGGUUAUCGAAUUGGAGUUGCAGUAAUUAGUGGUUGUAUUUGGAAAUCUAUCAUUAAUAUUAUGUAAUGUCUCUUGGUACAUUAUCUGUCUAAUCCUCCCACAACCCUCCU